GAGAAAGGUGUUCGGUGGAUAUUGAUGAUUGUGUUGAUAAAGUAUGUCAGAAUGGUGGACGUUGUAUAGAUCGUGUAAAUGGUUAUGAAUGUAAUUGUGAAGGUACAGGUUAUCAAGGUAUCCAUUGCACCGAUGAUAUCAAUGAAUGUGACUUGGGUAUUUGUGUACACGGUAGAUGCACUAAUUUGAUUGGCUCAUAUAAUUGUGAUUGUGAUAUCGGAUAUAUUGGUAAACAAUGUACUCUAGAAGAUCCAUGCAUUCCGGAUGAUCUAAAUCGAACAAGACAUGAUUGCGUGCAUGGUACAUGCGUGCAUCCUACAGUUGGCAUAAAAAAUAAUAAACAGGUGGCAAAUUAUGAAUGCAAAUGUGAAUUUGGUUAUAGCGGAGAGUAUUGUAUUCAUUUAAUCGAGAAGAGAAAGCCUAUUUUAUUGGGAUACAUAGCUGGGCCAAUAAUAGCCCUUAUAAUAGCAUUGCUUAUUAUUGGUUUCGUAUUACUGACAAUAGUAAUGAUUCGUGGACGACGUGCAACUCAGGGUACCUAUAGUCCAUCACACCAUGAAAAUAGUAUUUCACGAAUGCCGGUUAGAUUUAAAUGA